AUGGCUCUACCUGAUGAAAUCAUAUCAGAAAUACUCUCCCCCGCGCUCAAAGUCCAGGAUGAUGAAUUUUCUAGCGUUUCCGUCGUCUCUCCCUUUGCGAAAAACGUGGGUGGCGAGUCAAGCUCCGCGCUGCUUCUCGUGUGUAAGGACUGGCUUCGUGUGUCUACACCCCUUCUCUACCAUGUCGUUGUCCUACGCAGCAAAGCCCAGGCUAAAGCGUUAGCCGAAACACUCGAGAAAAACAACGACUUGGCGCGUUUUAUCCGCAAGCUACGCGUCGAGGGCGGGUAUGGGGCCCCAAUGCAGGAAAUCCUCCGAGCAGCGCUGAAUAUCUCUGAGCUCUUCAUUUCAUUCAACAUAUUUGCGACUGACAGCACUGAUGGCAUGUGUGCGGGUUUGCGGUUCAUCAACCCUAAACGGCUUAUAAUCUGCAACGCCUCAAUGAAGAAGGCAAAUAAAAUGGUGGUCAAGUUGCAGGAUGCAUUAGGGAAGGCGAUUCGCAAGUGGAGUAAUCUGGCUAUUUUUGAGCUGUCGUGUGGAUACUACACUCGUGGAGAUGACGAACAGAGGUCCAUCAUCAGUGCCCUUGCAUCCCGCAAGCAGAUCACAACUGUUGUGGUUUAUUCACCCUCUGUUGCGAUCAUGCUCUAUAAGAAACUCAAAGGUCAGGCUCUCAAGACAAUCAUCAUGAACAUAUCAGCCGAUUCCCUCGCUCGACAUGCUUCGGAGUUCGAAAAAGCAAAAAGCACCAUUAAAGAGGUCGCCUUUAAAAUUCACUCCGAAAACUCAUGCUUAGAGUCGCCUCGUGCCUUGGACAUAACCCCGCGGCCGUCUCUCAAUCCAUACUAUAUCCCAAUGGCCUCCGUCGCGCCUGCAAUACGCAACCACCUCUGGUCGCAUAUUAUUGAAUUCGUUUUUCUUGAGCCUCAUGUCAAGGCUCUGCAUCUACUUCGCGUCUCAAAGACAUUCUACCAAUUGACUCUGCCACACCACUAUCGCAUCCUCUCUCCAAGAAGAUAUCAGAAGCUAUCAAAGCUUGCUGCGACCAUAACCGCCAACCCGACACUGGCUUCGUAUGUCCGGAACCUUGACUUGCGCCGCUUGCGCGAUGUCUGGGCCAGCUCAAAAAAUCCGAUUCUUAGCCUUGAUACCUAUGUCGGCGCAAUUAUUGGGGCAACCACUGGUCUGCGGCGCCUCACGAUGCAUGGCGCCGAUUGCGAGGCCCUCGACAGGCCCUAUAUUCGUGAUGCGAUUGAUGCACCGGCGCUGUACUGGAAGGAGUUCCUGUUACUAGCGGAUACUGCUGGCGCGAGCUUAAUUCACCUCGGAGUUGAUAUGAGCAUGGACGAAGGGGCGCCGAUCGAAUCUGGGGUGAUUUUCAACAAGUUUUCUGUUUUGCAGCACCUCGGUUGGCGCUCGCGUGUUGUUUUUGCGGAGCUGGACUCUUCAGUUGAAGCUGACUCAGUCGACACCCCGCGGAAGAUUGCGCUGCCGUGCCUGUCGGAGCUUGCAGUUUGGGAGGCGGACGAGUCAUUCUACGCCAUGUUGGCGGAAAUGGAAUUGCCUGCUCUCGAGAAAUUCACGCUUAUUGCGGGCUCACCCUUCUCCCUGUUCUGGAUCAACCAUGGUGCAAAACUUACAACGGUGGAUAUUCAUUUCGACUUUUUCGACGUCAUUGCACCAACCACGAGCAUCGUCGACCUUUGCCCCAACCUCGUUGCGCUGACAAUCGCCUGGCGAUUGACUCUAAGCGCUGACUUGCGCUCGGUGCAAGCCUUCCCGCCGAGCCCCAAAGUUUUCAAGACUGACCAGCCGACGUUCCUGCUGAGACACCUUAAAUUCUUGCUACAUCACUCGAUCGGGCGGAAAGAUGUAUACCUAAAAUGGGAAGAGUUUUUCGCUACUUUUGCAACAGAUGUUCAUCCGUCCAUCCCGGGCCUCGAGGAAAUCAAAAUUACGGGCUUCAAAUGGCCAAAUACUGAACGUGAAAUCCAAAAGAGUGCAUGGGUCCGUUGUGCGCAGAGCUUAUUCGUAGCGGGGCUAACAAAAGUGCGGAUGUUGGAUGAAGAGGGCCAGGUGUGGCGGCAGAGAUUAGGUCAGUGA